CUACAGCCGAGCUUUUAGCUCCCGAGUUCUUUGAAUAGGUCACCGUCUCCUGUUUUUGUUCUUCAAUUUCCAAAAUCCAAGGGAAAUCUUACGUUCUCAGUCUUGUUUUGUUUGGAAGAUUUAGUAAAAUAUGUCAAAGAAUGAAGAGAAAACACAAGCUGCUGCAGACCGAAUCAAAGCAGCAGCAUUGUCCGCUGCAAAGGGGCUUAGUCGUGCUCAAGCAGAGCGGGCAGCUGCAGCCGCUGCGAGAAACGUUAAUGCAUAUGGACAGAAGGAAGAAGGACCGAGUAGAUGGCAAGAGAGAAAAGAAGCCAAAAGGCAAAUGUAUCUUAUGAGUACUGAGAAAGCUGUGAAACUCGGUGAGAGAAAAGAUCUCAAGGGUUCUGUCUCCUCAAUUGGUGGUCAGGCUUCUCAGUGCCAAAAGUGCUUCCAGGCUGGACACUGGACAUAUGAAUGCAAGAAUGAGAGAGUUUAUAUGUCUCGCCCUUCAAGGACCCAACAGCUCAAGAACCCAAAGCUGAAGAUGACACUCUCGGUUUCCUACGAUUUAGACAAUCCUGAUAUUGAGAAGGGAGAGAAGAGCGAAAGGAGGCAGAAGAAAGAGAAGGGUGAGAAGAGUAGAACUAAGGGGAAAAGCAAGAGGAAACACCGGUCUGGUUCUGAUUCAGAGGACUCUAGUGAGGCCUCUGUUUUUGAGACUGAAAGUGAGUCCUCAGUGACUGAGUCAGAUUCUUCUGAGAGCAGCUCAAGCUACAGUUCCUCAGAUUCGGAGGAAAGGAGGAGAAGGAGAAGAAGAAAGAAGCAGAAAAAGAGGAGGCAUCAUAAAUACAGCUCAUCGUCAGAUUCUUCAGAGUCUGAGUCUGAUUCAGCUUCUGAUAGUGAUUCGGAUGACAGGAGGAGCAAGAAGAAGAGCAAAAGGCACACACGUAGGCGUUAAGGCCAAGUUGGUCAGCUGAAUGCUUGCAGUUAAUGAGAUUUUGACAUUCUAGUAUAUGUUGUCUACGUUUUAGGACUCCUUGAAGAGUAUUCUGGUAUCUGUUUGUUUGGUUUUAUGACUUCUUGGGCCUUUUGUUUUCCUGUUGAGGUGGUCUAUGGGUUGAAAUAGUUGUUUUUAACGUCCUAUUUUAUAUUUUGGAUUGUUUGUGUGAUAUUCUACAAUAACAGACGUCAAAUUUGCCGGAUUUCCUGUAACUAAUGCCUCUAUGUGGCCAUUAUUGGUUGCCAUUGGAAUUCAGCUUAAGUUUGAUAUAUUGGCAACAGGGUUCUCUUGGCAUAUUCAA